UGUGUGCUGGUAGAGAAAACUGUUUACAAAUUACACAGCAUUUCGAUUCCUCUAAAUCAGACCCUUCACUUUCCUCAUGGGAAAUUGAAUUGCUUUCAGUGAGGUGAAUGGUCCAGGCUGAGGUCAUGAAGGUAAGUUUGUGUGUUCUUUCCAAUUAUCAUCGUUUCAUUGCUUUGUUUAAUUUAAUUUAAUGUAUUUUUUUUUUUUUUUUUUUUUUUUUUUUAAAUAUUAUCAGUACCCCUUAUUAUUUAUAUUUGUGUUCAGUUUAUAAUUUUACAAAAUAAUAUGUUUAAAGUAACAAAUAUUUUGAUGAUAUCGCUCAUUCUGUAAAUGAUUCAAUCAAGCAACACACUGUAACGUUACUAAUUUAUGUUAAUAUUAAAUGGCCUUUAUGCGCCUCCAUACAAGCCGUAACACGUCAUUAAAAAAAAUUCGGUUGGUCAGCUGACAAACGCAAAUAGCAGACGACCGGUCUGAAACACGUGGAAAGUCGGAGAGUGAAUUGGAAGGAAAUAAUAAACACUUUUGCAAGAGGUGGGAUCAAUUGCUAUUUCAAGACUGCACUGAGUACCGUAACUAUGAUGGUACAGCGGAAGGACUGCUGCAUAUUAAACCAUCGGCUUGGACUGGUGCCCCUUUUCUGGUGCGCUGCUACAGAGGUGUAACCCUAAUGCAUAUGCGAGACGACGUCCCGUCUUGUCACAGUUUUUCCUUCAACCGCUCCUGGUCAGAAUACAGAGAUGGGUUCGGCGACAUCCAGAAUGGCUGUUUCUGGCUGGGAAAUGACAAGAUAUCGGCGCUGACCAGAUCGAGACCCUACAUGAUGUCUAUAGAAUCCAUGAUGGGUGACCAAAUGAAUUGGUUAACCGUUUAUCAUGAUUUCGUAAUGGAAACCGCUACUGACAAAUAUCGACUGCACUAUACAGAAACCUUGUGCAACGAUUUCGAUAACUGCGACGGUUUUGGUGGUGCAUCGUCUGACACGAUUGUCAAAGGUCACCAGUUCUACACGUAUGAUCAAGACAUCAACGGAUGUGCUGCUGCGGACGGGGGAGGCUGGUGGUAUAAUACUGGAUGUUCCUAUGGAAACCUCAACGGAAACUGGCUAGAAUGGCCUCUAUAUGGAAGCAUGUAUGUUUUAAAACCGUCGGUGGUUUGCUUACAGAGAAUGAUUUCAACAAAAUAACUUAUUUGAGAGUAUGAAAAUGGCACAGAAAUGAGACUUGUGAAACAUUUGUUUGUUAUAAAUGACAGACCCGUUCGUUCUGAAACGUUUUGUUUGAAGUUAACCAAUUUUUGAAAAGCCACCACAAAUUACAAAAUAAUCUGUUUGGUUUCAGUUUAUACAUAUUAUGACGUUUCCCCUAAUUUCUUUACCGGGACCGUAACAAUUGUAACCAUUAAAAAAGGGACUCACCUCUGUGAUGAAUUCGCCGAUAUGAUAUACCAAUGAUGGAAACCAGGUGUACACAAAAGUCAGCUUUUUAAUAAUUACCAAAUAUUUAACGGGUACAGUCUAUUACUGUCCUAUUGAGAUUGGAUGUUAUCGGUUGGAACAAGUGUAUUAUAUAUUUUAGACCUAUCGAUAUUCUAUUUACAAAUUAGCACUUAAACGGACAUACCUGAGUUUGCUGCAUUGUAUGAUGUUUCCGACUAAUAAAA